AUUUAUUCGGAUUUGAGCAAUGAAAAAAAAAUUAUAGGGGAAAUCGAUUGGGAUGCACUCUAUGGGGAGAGUAUGUGGAUCGUUUUUUGGGUUGUUUGACCCAAAAUGCCAAAGAACCGGUGAUCAUGUUGUUGAGCUUUUGCAAACCACAUUGUUAUAUGGGUAAAUUAUUUCUUUUAUUUUGUGAUUUAAUUACUUUAAUGAUGGAUAUAUAAUAUUUACAUCGUAUAUUUAUAAGUACUGUGACCGUCUCUUCUGCGUUUCAUGUUACGAAGAUGCUUUUCGAUGGUAACUCUCCAGAGGUCAACGAAUUCAGAGCAAGCGCUGGAGCUGAUGGGGAUGAAGGUGUUAUCAAGACUACCACGAUCAAAGCUCUCUUGGACACUAGAAAGCCCGGUCCCUACUGGAUUGUUGGUAAGAUUGCUUCAAUAAAUGAUUCGGGCUACUGGUGCUAUUUGGGAUGCACCGACUGCAACAAAAAGGUCACCCCUGAUGGUGAUAAGUUCAGGUGUUCGGGUUGCAACACUACCAUGCUGCAUGGAGUGUACAGGUUCAAGGUAAAUGUUCAGGUCUAUGAUUCCACCGGUCAUGCUUCAUUCAUCCUCUUGGAUAGGGAGUGCAAGGAAAUUUUAGGUGCAAGUGCUUUUGUACUCAGGGAAAUUAUGCUUGAGAAAAAUAUGGACCCAAAUUGUCUUCCGACAGAGCUUAAUUGUUUGCUAGGUGUACGUGGGUUGUUUCACGUCGUUUUGAAAGCCGAACUUGGGAGUCCAUACUGGAGUGGACCAAGAGCCUUUGGAGUUAGAUCGUUGGUCACGGAUGCAAAGAUAAUGAGCAGAUUUGAAGAGUUGAUUGAGUGUGAAGAGGAAGGAUUUGAUGAAAAAAGGAGGAGAAUCACCCUCAUCUCCCCCCACAGGUGUCAGGGGGUGUUCCUCCGGGUCCCGACGUGCUUCUUAACGGUGCCAGGAUGGAAGCCUCUUCUGGCUGUCCUGGCACGUCUCGUCCGCAGAAGAGACGCAAUCCCCACUCAGGAGCUUCCCGGUUGGUCUCUGGUGCGAGGCCUUCCUCCAGGGUUCCCUUCCCCUCAGCAAUCGGAAGCAAGGGUCAGCGAAUACACUCCUUUAGAUUCCAGAAGUGUUGAUCCGCCUUGCCGUCAGAUUCUUCCAGUAAAGUCUUCGCCAUUUAACUCCUUACCUUCCACGGAUGACAUCUUUCCCAAAACGCGGAUGGGCCCCAUCAACUGGCCCAUGCACUUAAGUGGCGAAAACCCCCGGUCAAACAUUGGGAAUCUUCGACCGCUUCAUUCACCAAUCGCUUCGUCUUUCACAUCUUUUAACUGCAUUCAUCAUUUCCCAACUAUCCCUUCCCCUUUCACUAUAAAUGGGAAAGGAUGGUUAGCUGCUAGUCCAUCCCUUUCUGACUUCUUCGCCAUGGCAAGUAAGUCUCGGAGUAAAGUCGUCAUCAGCUUAACCCCUUCCGGGACAUCUUCUUCUUCGGAUGAUGAUUUCUCCGCCUCUCCGGCUCAAUCCAACGACAUGGCUGGGUUGAGUCCCGGCGAGUUCUCAAGACUUUAUCCAAAAACUUGCCUCCCUGCACCAUCUCCUCCUAGUCCACCCAGGCUUCCAUCCGGAAGGAUAGACUGGGACUCAAUGACCCUCCAAAACUUCGCCUUGUACCAGAGGAUGCGCAGGGCUAGACUUGGGCGUUCUUUGCCAAUUGUUGAGGCAGAACCUUCAUGUGAAAGCCGGACUGCUUCUCCAAACUUGCUGAAGUCUCCCAAAGAUGGUUCUUCAUUAAGGGCUGCAGCUCCCCGUCCUGGGACAUGGGAAGACUAUGACAUCUGGGAAGCUACUGAUUCCACAGCGUGUCCCUCGUCAAAGAGAAGGAGCCCAUGGAAGGGACCCCCACCUCCUUCUUGUUGACUGCAUGGACCCAAUAGGCCCUCCUUCAGCGCCUAGCCCCUUGCAAAUCAAAUUUCUUUUCCUCG